AUGGAGCAGAAAAAUCAGUAUGAUAUGUUUGGGGGUAGAUCCUUAAUGGGUCGGAAUCUUCUUCAAGCCAAGAAAGCUUGCCCUGUAAACUUUGAGUUUUUGAACUACACCAUCAUCACCAGCCAAUGCGAAGGACCGCAGUACGCGCCCAAUAUCUGUUGUCCAGCAUUUAACGAAUUUGCUUGCCCUUAUGCGGAUGCGCUAAAUGACUUGUCUAAUGAUUGCGCCACAACCAUGUUCAGUUACAUCAACCUCUACGGGAAAUACCCACCUGGCUUUGUUGCCAGUUUGUGCCGGGAAGGGAAGCACGGGCUUGCAUGCUCUGCAACUGCACCUACACCAACGGCCGUUCCGUCUUCGGCAAACCCUCUGGUCCUCUAG